UGUACAUAGCCACUUUUUGCACACAUAAAAAUGAUCCAUAAAGCCAGUUAUGAACAUUAAACCUGUCUUUGCACAAAAGAAUUUCGGAACAAGCUAUGUGCAUAUUUAACAAAAUACUCUUUGACAGUAAUGAGUUUAUAAAAAAUACAUCUAAGGUAUAAAUUCAUGUAUUUUCACCUGUUCGAAAACUAUACACAUAAUAAUAAUUAUUAUCUAUAUUAUAAAAGUAACUCAGAUUAAGAAAGAAGUAAUUAGUUCUUUUGGCUCUCCUGGAAAUUUUAAAAAUGUCAGUUAACUAGUUUUUGCGCUCACAUGACAAAAUAUACAAACUAUACGAAGUAUUUUAGGUAGCAGGAUCCUCCAUAUACCAUCACAAGAAUUUUUUUUGAUACUUUCGCAGAUAUAAGCAAAAUAAGACUUAAAUAUAGAUCUAUGUCAAACACCAGUUAAUACCAAACUAAGGUGUUUUCUUUUAAACAACACACUUUAAAAAGACAUGAACUAAUUAAUGAAUAAUUAUGCAUAAGAUAUGUAUAUCUAUACAGUGCAAGAUAUUAAUUAUGUCUAGACAGUUGCAGUACCUACUAUGUAUUGUGUUCAAUACAAAUUUUUUUUUUUUCUAGAACUUAUUAAUGAAUAAUCAUGCUUAAGAUGGCCAGUCAAAACCCACAACACUAGAUCAUAAAUAAAAUAACGGCGUAACCAGGGCUUUUCAUCCUUGUAUAACAGAGGCCGAUAUUCGGCUACUUCCCAAUCCAAAAAUAUAGUAUUUUCUCCCAACUGUGGCAGAGACACUUCCCAAAAUGCAAGGUAAGAUUUCCCAAAAUUACGCCAGCAUAUGAUUUUGAUUUUGUUUACAUUUAUUAUUUCCGGAGGAAGCGUUUGUCUGGUAUCGAUUUUUUUGUUUUACUAUAGCACAUAUGACCGCUUGUUACGCAUAACCAGUCUAAUCCGUUAUGUUCCGUGUCCCGGAUUUUAGAUUUUAGUCCGUGUUUCAGGGGAGAUAAAUUAAUUCGUAUUUCGGUGUUUACUUCCGGUUUAUCGUUUUCUAACAGAACAUGUCACAUAACGGAAAGUAUUACAACAAAACGAUCAAACGGGCGGCAAUAUCAGAAAAUCAGAGGUCACUACUCGACUGCGGGGUGAAACAACGUAAGUUAGAGGACGGUACCGGUGAUAAUAUCACCGAAGCGGUCCCAACUAGUAUCCAUACUACUAUUUCCACUGUUUCUGCCGAGGAAGUUUCUUCUAUUUCAAACAAUGACUGUGUGCCUAGCUGUGAUGAACACUCCAAUGAUCCUGCUGUUAGUACUAUUAGUACUAUUACUGUUCAAGACGCCCGUAAACCAGAUGAUGAUUUAAAUUUUGAUGGCAGGAAACGAUGUAACAUUUGGUAUGAAAACAGGUUUUCAUGGUUAUAUCAUAGCUCAAAAAGGAAAGGCUACAUUUGUAAAUAUUGUGAGCUUUCGGAGAAAACUUAUCUAAUGAGUCAGCUUUUGUUUCCACUGGUACGGUUCUUGGAAGUCAUCCAUCCCGUAGACUGGAAAUUCAUGAAAACAGUAAUUGCCACAAAGUAAGCACCGAGAGAUAUGCUACAUUGUCUACUAAUAUGGAUACUUUUAAGGUUAUGGUACAGACUGCAAAAAAGAAGACUGAAAACAAAGCAAUUCAACAAGUUGAGCAGAAUAGAAACUACUUAAAAAAAACUGCUUAAGGUCACAGUUUUCCUUGUUAAACAUAAAUGGGGCCAUUGUGAAAAUCUAAAAGAGAUAGCAAAAUUACUUGCAAGUCUCGGAGACAAAGAAGUCAGUGAUAUGCUGGAAGCAGACACGAAUUAUCUGUCUCCAAGAGGUGCCACGGAGUUUGUUGAGAUAGUCAGUGACUUUAACGAGAAAAAAAUCUUGGAAGAUUUGAAAAACAGAAAGUUUACUUUGUUUCUGGACUGAAGCACAGAUAACGCCAACAGAUCGCAAGUUUCAAUCAUGGCACGUUGGGUCGGACAACAUGGUAUACAGGAAAACUUUCUUGGACUUGUGAACAUGACAGGUACCAAAGCAUCAGACUUUCAGGAAGCUAUAAACUCUUUUUGUCUGUCCAAAGGAAUUGACCCCAGAAACAUAAGGUUUGUUGCACUAGAUGGCUGCAAUACUAUGAGCGGAGAGAAAACAGGUACUUAAAUUUUUUUACUGUUAAAUAGAAGUGUUGCAGCAAUGAAUGAUCAUCUUAAGGCUUUAAAAAGCUAAAGACAAGUUUUUAGACUACAAUUAUGAAUAAUUUUAAACUCAGUAUCAUUCUUUGGAAAUGACCUCUCUCAUGUUUUAAAAACAGAAAACUAUAUGUGAACUUAAGCGGUUUAAAAGCAUGCAUGUAUGAUGAUCAAUUUUAAUCCCUUCAUUUUUAAACUUAAUUACAUAAAUUUGCUAUUGUACUUUCUAUGACUUCAGGUCUGCAGAAAAGAGUACGACACAUGUCUCCUCUUAGCCUGUACCUUAAUUGCCGUAAUCAUCGUUUGGCUUUGUGUUUCACUCAUCUGCUGAAGAAAAAUGAAACAAUGGCUGAUGUUGAAGCUCUCCUUGUUUCCAUCUGGAAGGUUUUCCACUUCUCUGCAAAGAGGCAUGCAGUGUUUCGUCAGAUGCAAGAGCUGUAUGAUGAAACCCCACUAACCUUCAUAAGAGCGGCUGCAACAAGGUGGCUAUCUCAUCUCAGAGCCUGUGUGAGUUUCAUUUCUAGAUAUGAAUCUUUACUGUAUACCCUGGAUACUAUAUUCACUGAAACACGGGAGCCGGAGAUUGCUGGAAUUCGGGCCAAGGCAGCAGACCGUAAGACAGUACUGACUAUUCUCCUCCUAUCAGAUGUGCUGAAACCUGUCAAUCACUUAUCACUGUAUCUGCAGAGCGACAUCGGGUACUUCUCAAGCCUGACGGAACGUGUGAAAGCCUGCAUUAAUGAGCUUCAUGGUUUGAUUGAGCAGUAUGAGCAAGGUCAAUUUGAUGAUGAUUUAGAGUUCAGAAAGUGUGAUGACCUACUUAACGUCAUUAGUGACAGGACUGACCUUGCACGCAGACUUAGAGAUGACAAUAAUCAGCUAACACCACAUGAUUAUCUUCAGACUGUUGGGAUACCGAUGAUACCAACUCAUUACAGAGAUUGAGGAUGCUUUUACUGUCAAGUCUGAUGUUUUAGCUGCUUUUAGUGUUUUAGAUCCAGUGAACCAGCCAGAUACUGCCAGUGAUCUGUGUGAAUAUGGAAAGAAAGAGACCACAGGAUCCAGUGACAUGCUUGUUAAGUGUUUAUGGGGAGCUUACCAAAGAUGAGGGACUCAAGACCUGUUUCCAUCGUGUUCAGUACAUGUAUGAGUUGGCUAUGCUGAUACCACAGUCCACAGCUGUAGUUGAACGGUCAUUCAGUGCAAUGAUUGAUAUCUGCACCCAUCUUAGAACAUAUCUUACUACAAAACAUUUAGAUGACCUAAUGCGUGUAAAUCUGCUUGACAUUGCCCCAAGUGACACA